GUGGUCGACCAAUCGACUAUACUAGGGAGGGAAUGGCUCAGAGAAUAUGGCCAGUAGCAACAGUAGUCAAAUUUCUCUGAUAGAAAAGGCUGAAGAAGAAAGCAAGAGAUAUAAGGAAGUUUCAGUAAAAGCCAGUGGGGUGGGCGAACAGCUGAAAGUUGUGGAAAGUCAGAAAACUUACUGUAUAUUUUGUUUGGUGUUUUAUGAUAUUACAGAAAAUACAGAGCUCAUUAGUCAUAAAUUAGAAAGGAUGGAGAAAGAUAGAGAAGAAUUAGCAAAGAAGAAUGAGGAAUUGUACCAGUUGAAAGAGAAAUUAAGAAAAACAGAAAAUGAGCUAAGGGAAACAAAAACGAGCUUGAAGGAGAAUGAGGAGGAAUUGGAGGUUUUGCGUGUUGCUAAUAAUGAACUGAAGACCGAGCUCUUGGUCAUUAAAGAAAAGUAUACAAUAAGUAUAGUAGAAAGGGACAAACUUAGUGAAAGAAACCAACUUUUGCAUUUAGAAAAAAAGAAGUUGAAUUCAGAGAAUGAGGAGCAAGCACAAAAUAAUUGUAAAUUAGUUGAAGAAUUGGACACAUUGAGAAGUCAUAUGAGAGAAAUGGAAAGACCAUCAAAUCUACCCAUGAGACAAGACUCAUUGAUUUCAGAUUCAAGUUUUUCACCUUCAUCAGGACAACCAUUAAGGAGAAUGUCCUCAACAGCAUCUUCAACUUCCAGUAAAUUUGUUCCUACUCCUCCUCAUUUUAAUUUAAAGUAUUUAAUGCAGCUUUUGGGUGAUGGUGCAGAUAGCUGGUAUCAGAUUGGCAUACAGCUUGACGUGCCUUCAUCUAAACUAAGAUCAAUAAGGAAUGAGAAUCAGCAAGAUGUGGACCGACUGUCACGUACUUUAGAACAUUGGUUAAAUGAUGCUAAAAGUGAACUUAGCUAUGAUACUAUUUAUGAAGUGCUACAGUCACCGUCGGUGAAAAGAAAAGAGCUCAUACCGACAGAAUUUAAAUGGAAAUAUUAUUGAACGCAAUGUAUUCAUUUUUAUUAUAAUUGUUAUUAUAAAUUA